AUCAUGCCAAUGAAUUAUCUGAGUCUCGUGAAAGAUUUAAGCAAAUAUUGAACCGAAUAGAGAGUGAAGAAAUUUCACCCGAUGAAAUUUCUUCCGACGAAAUUUCUCUUGAUAAAAUUUGCGAUAAAAUUUAUUCCGCUAAAACUUACAUUA